GGAAAAUGUUUUAAAAGGGUUUUUCGACUCCUCUUUCAAACCCUAGCUAUCUUUUUAUUCCUAGAGAGCCCUAGCCGCACUGCCGCAACACCUUCUCAACGCCGCCUCUACCUCUUUUUCACACCAAAGCCAAUUGGAAUCUCCGGCUUAUUCACUCCACAAUUCUUCCACCAUCACUACACAGCACGCUAAAGCUCCAUGGCGUCUUUCGUUCAUCAGCGAUGGAGGAGAUGGAACUAAACUCGCAUGAAUCAUAGCGGAAGAAGCAAAUAAUUAUAAUCAUGAAUUUAUUGAUUUGAGAUGUUAGCUUGUUGGCAAUUUGUACUUAUCUUUGUAAAUAGUAUUACGA